AUGGCCUACCCGAUCAUCACAGCUCCAUCUGUCGAGCAGCAUUCAUCCGGCUUCGGGAUUGGAGUCGCCACCCCGCGGCUAUCCUGGCGAUUUUUGACCCCAUCCGACACUAGUGUGAAAGAAUGGAAACAAAUUGCCUAUGAGAUUCAGAUUUCGCGAACCUCAAGACCAAUCGAGACCUACCAAGUGACAGGAGAUGACUCCGUGUUGGUCCCCUGGCCAAGCGAACCGCUGAAAUCGCGCGAAAGUGCCCAGGUUCGAGUUCGAUCAUAUGGGACUUCAGACGGACAGUCUCAGAGUGAGCCAACAAGCUGGUCCUCGUGGACUACUGUUGAGUGCGCAUUGCUCACCCGCGAUGAUUGGAUUGCUAUUCCUAUCGCGAGCCCGACACCCCGAACACCAGACAGCUCUCUACGGCCAGUGAGAUUUAGAAAAGAGUUUCACGUCGGCGAUGGGCCAAUCAAUCAGGCACGCCUAUACAUCACCAGCCUAGGCGUAUAUCGAGCCUUCAUCAAUGGCCACGAGGUAGGGGAUCAAUGCAUGGCUCCAGGCUGGACAAGUUACCGACAUCGUUUGAAUUACCAAGUGUAUGAUGUUGUACCUCUCCUCAACUUGAAUGGACCCAAUGUCAUUGCAGUAGAGGUCGGCGAAGGAUGGUAUGCGACACGACUUGGAUUCCUUGGGGGACGCCGACAGCUAUAUGGGGAUCGUCUUGCUGUGCUUGCACAGCUUGAAGUUCAGCCGCAGAAUGAUGGGCCGGAUCUUUCUGUGGUAACCGACUCGACAUGGGUCUGUUGCCCAAGUGCCAUCAUCAAGAGUGAGAUAUAUGACGGCGAAGUGUAUGAUGCGCGCGAGGAGGACCACGAUUGGAACGUACCAGCUCCGGAGAACAACGGAGCAGCCUCCUGGAUGUCGGUCCAAGAGUUGGCCUUCCCGACUGCCGCCCUGGUUGCUCCAGAUGCGCCACCAGUUCGGGUGACCGAGGAGAGAAACCCAGUGAAGGUCCUGCAAACACCUUCGGGGAAGACGGUGAUUGACUUCGGUCAAAACCUGGUCGGUAGGGUGCGCAUCCGCUCCUUGAACAAACCGUCGGGUAGCCAUGUUACCUUGACCCAUGCAGAGGUCCUGGAACAUGAAGAAAUUGGAACUCGGCCGUUACGACACGCAGAAUGUAAAGAUGUAAUCAUCUCUGCCGGGACUGAAAUCCAAGACUGGUCACCCAAAUAUACCUUUCAUGGAUUUCGAUAUGUUCAAGUCGAUGGUUGGACAGAUCAAGAUCCCUCAUUGAUGAUCAACGUAACCGCACUGGUAUUACACACAGAUAUGGCCCGCACUGGCUGGUUCUCAUGCUCUCACCCGAUGGUCAACCAGCUACAUAACAAUGCUUUGUGGAGUAUGCGCGGCAACUUCCUGUCUAUUCCGACUGAUUGUCCCCAGCGGGAUGAGCGUCUUGGAUGGACCGGUGAUAUCCAAAUCUUCUGUCCUUCUGCCAACUUCCUUUACAACACUGCCGGGAUGUUAGGAGAUUGGCUCAAAGAUGUGGCCGCCGAGCAACUUCUAGAUGGUGACGGCUUCAUCCCUCCUUUUGUUGUCCCAAAUGUCAUUAGUGAGGAGUUGUGGCCGCAUCUCCCACAAGCCAUUUGGGACGAUGUGGUCAUUUUGACACCCUGGGAUCUCUACCGUUCAUAUGGAGACAUGGAUAUCCUUCGUCGACAGUAUCCUAGUAUGCUGGCAUGGAUUGACCGAGGCAUUCGAAGGGGCCCAGACGGCCUGUGGGAUGCUGAGCUUUGGCAAUUAGGGGAUUGGCUGGAUCCCACCGCUCCCCCAUUUGAGCCAGGUGAUGCUCGCACAAACGGGACCCUGGUGGCAGACGCAUAUCUCGUACAUGUGACUAGUACAAUGGCUAAAAUCAGCAACGCUCUUGGAGAGACAGGCGAUGCCACACGCUUCCAAUCAGACUCCAGCCAACUCAAGACCAAAUUCCAAGCGAAGUAUAUCGCGGAGUCAGGUUUGAUAGUCGGAGAUACUCAGACCGCUCUCAGUCUUGCGAUUAUGUUUGAUCUUCAUUCGACCCCUGAUCAAGCUGUGGCAGCUGGUGCCCGUUUAGUCGACCUGGUUAGACUAGCCAAGUUCCGAGUGGCGACCGGAUUUGCCGGCACUCCGAUUAUUACCCACGCGCUUACGAAAUCGGGCCAUCACCAAGUCGCCUACCGCAUGUUGCUAGAGAAAGGCCGGCCAUCGUGGAUGUAUCCUAUCACCAUGGGAGCAACGACUAUGUGGGAACGAUGGGAUAGUAUGCUUCCGGACGGAUCAAUCAAUCCAGGAGAGAUGACCAGCUUCAACCACUAUGCGUUGGGCUCAAUCAUCAACUGGCUACACUCAAGUGUUGCGGGUAUCAGUCCUAUUUCGCCAGGGUGGAAGGAAAUCCGAGUUGAACCAAUUCCAGGGGGUACUAUUGACUCGGCCGAGGCUGCGUAUGAAACACCGUAUGGACGAUUGGAAUGUCGAUGGAGGAUUUAUCCCGAGGAUGAUCAAUUCAAGUUGGAGCUGUUGAUACCUCCGAAUUCAUGUGCGUUGGUUAUAUUACCAAGUGAGAAGGCCCGGGAGAAACCCCGUGCACUUGAUAUAAAGCGGGAUGGGAUAUGGAUUGGAUCUGGAUAUUAUCAAUUCUCGUGUGAAUGGAACGCAAGUAGCCAUUGCCAUGGGUGGCCUCCAAGGCCGAUUAUUCCCAUUAUGCGGAAACCUGAGCCUGAGAGCAUUGCUUGA